AUGAAGUUUGCUUGGCGAGUACCACACAUCACCAUCUCCUUGGUCGUCCGAGAGGUCUGCGAAACCAUCAUAGCAGAGUACCUGGAUGAGCUGAUGGUCUGCCCAAGUACACCCAGUCAAUGGUGCCAGGUAGCUGACAGGUACUUCCAGAAGUGGAAUUUUCCCCACACCUGUGGCGCCAUAGAUGAAAAGCACGUGGCCUGCCACUAUCCUCCCAGAAGUGGUUCCAUAUACUACAACUACAAGGGCUUCUUGCUCUUUGCCAUGGUCGACGCUGACUACAAGUUUUUCUGGGCAGAUAUUGGCAGCUUAGGGUCUGCAUCCGACGCCCAGGUCUUCAAUGACAGUGAAAUCAAGGAGAGCAUAGAGGUUGGUACCAUCGGCUUCCCAGAUCCGGAGCCUCCCCCCAACGACAUCUAA